UACGGAGGCGAUGUUUCUCCGAUUUCCCUCGAUCGCGUGCUGAAAUGGACCGGACCGGGUCGCGUGCGUCCUUUCUCAGGGUUCUUGUGUUCGUGUAGGGCGGCGAGGGAAGCGCGCGCACCUGCCUUACAGCCUGCUUAUCCUGGACAUAACGGGACUAACGGAGGGGGUGAAUUUACCGGGAGAGCGCAGUAUAACGCAUCGGAUAUUUUGUAGGUUCCUGUUUUUGGAGAGCCUGGGAGGGAACCGUGUGGAGACCAGGAGGUGUGUGUGUGUGUGAGAGAGUGAGUGUGUGAUGAGGGGUGUGUGGUGAUGAUGAUGAUGAUGAUGGUGGUGGUGAUGGUGCUGAGCCUGGCCUUCUGCUGCAUCUCCAAAUGACAGAGAUGCCUGAAACUGGAAGGCAGUUACACAGGAAGAUGGACGGCUUCCCUGGAGGAAACACAUCAGGUUCAUGCAUUAUGUCGUAAAAGGCGAGCAGGAUGGAGAAGUCAGAGGGAGAGAGCGCAGGUUAUAGGGCGGUGCCAGCGAAGGCUCGGCGUCUGAUUGGCUACUGCGUGCUCCUUCUCUUGGCAUUGAUGCUUGUCUCCUUAGUGACUACAAAUGCACCUGUGUCAGAGAAACUCCCAUCCGGUCUAUCCAAACGAGACUUUGGUUUCUUCCCAACACACGCAGGUUUACAACAAGCUUCGAUAUCCUUAUCGCAAUACUCAGAAACCCCCAGACGCAAAGCUCAUACAUCAUCAGAUGCCAAGCAUCCUGCACACCCUGUUCGCCAUGACAAUGCAUCCAGCAUAGCUCCCACCCCAUCCCUAGGUGCUGAUGGUGGGUCAGGUAACCUAGGUGAUAGCGCACAUGGCAUUCACCUGCUGCUACGCCCACCAGACCUUCUCACACCAAGUCAGAUGCCUCCUCUUCAUGGUCACAGCCCACCUACACCGGCUCCUCCCACUUUGCUCACACAUGAAGACCUGGACUCUGCUCAGUCUACAGAAGUGGACUGGGGUUCUGGGGAUUACCUAGAGACUUUAACCUUCAUGGGUUCUGAUGGGGAGGACCUUUCUCUGGUCACCACCCUCCCCACACAUGGAUAUGACUCGUAUGAAUCUGAGGACGACAAUGCUGGGGUCCGCUACAACACGGACUUUCCAUCCCGGCCUGUUCUACCCCUCUCCUCUAGACAUCUCCUCCCGAGUGUAACUCUUGGAUAUGGAACUAGCCUAAGGACUGCCCACCCCUCUGAUCCCCGCCUUCCCCAUGUCCCUGAUACUACCCAGGAGGAUCUGGAUUUUGACUGGGCAGAACUGUACCCUAUUGAGCCUACUGAAAUGCUGCUUCCAGAUAUGAACAGUAUGGAGUACUACAAUACGCUAUUGGCCAAAGAGAAUGCUAGUGCUGCUCGUAACCAGACACACCUGACUCCCCCUCAGAUCACUCCUACAGCGACCCACACACAUCCUACAGGUUCCACACACACACUUGCCCCUUCUCUGGGUGUGGGCCCUAGGACAGUAACGGACCAAGUGGAUACACCUCACCCUAUACCUGGAGUCACUCCCACCCCUCCACGAAAACCUACUAUACUCCCUAUUUCUCCUACAGAGCAUCAGCAACCUAUUAAAAUACCUUCUCACCCAGGGAAGGGGUCUCCUCACCCAGCUUUACCAGAUGCUAAAGCAGGUAGUGAACAACCUGUAGUUCCCUCAGCCCCACCAGUUAUCCCACAGGGUCCAGUCAUCCAGGCUGUAACAGUUAAAAUCCCUUCUGCUUACAAGCCUUGGACACCUUCCAGAGGCACGGCUACUACUACAACAACAACUACAACCACCGUGUCCACCAAAGCAAUACCUCCUGCUCCCAGAAUCCCUCUUUCCACUGCACCCCGGCAGUAUGUCUGCAACAUCACCAAGCAAGACAUGUACCUGGUCAGAGUGGGCAUGCCAAGUGCGACCUCGGUGGCAUUUGCGAAGGCUCAUGUGAAGGAGAUUUUGAGACGAGAGUUCAACCGGACAGUAGAGCUGCAGGUCCUUAAAGCUCCGCCCAAUUUUGUUUUCCGUGCCGUGUCUGGCCCACUCGUAUACACAGCAGUGUCAAUCAUCAACACUCUCCGCCAAUCGGCACGCAGCACCUCGUCCUCCACCAUCCUCACUGUUACUCCCAUAUAUCCCGUACCUGAUAACAUCAAUCAGGUCCACUCGAUUUUGCAGUUCGUACCGAGUCACGUGGACGUGCGCGUGUGCAGCUUCAGUGAGCGGGUGGAGAGGGGACUCUUCAUGGCUUAUUCCGAAGUGCGCAGGCGACUGCUGGAGAAUGGAAACUUCACUGUACAUAUCUUGAACAUCACCAUCAGUGUGGCGAAAGGCCAGAAGCAGCAGAAAACUCCGGUGGACAUCACGUUCGCCAUCCGCGAUUCGCACGGCUACCUCAGGGGCGCCGACGUCAGCGCUCACCUGAGACAGCUGCAUGUGGUGGAGUUCAGCUUCUACCUGGGCUUUCCUGCAGUGCAGAUCGCAGAGCCUUUUCAUUAUCCUGUGCUGAAUGUAUCUCAUCAUUUGCGAUCGUCCUGGGUGAAGACGGUGUUACUGGGCGUGUUAGAUCAGCGUGUGAGUGAGAGGACGUUCCAGGCUAAAAUGGAGAGGAGACUGGCUGUGUUGGUGGGGGAGGGGCUUGGGCUGGGCGGUGGGCGUCGCUGGAGACGAGCAACCACUGUGGGCAACAACAGCGUGCAGAUUGUUCGAGCUUCACGCUUGGAUGGGGCGGAUAACCCUCUAGAGCUGGUGUAUUUUGUGGAGGCGGGGUCAGGAGAGCGGCUGUCGGCCCAGACCACUGCUGCCAUGCUGAACAGGCUUAACCUGCAGAGGGCAGCCAUUGUGUUGGGCUACCGUGUGCAUGGAAUACUGGCUACACCGGUGGAGAAGUUAUCCCUGACUCCCUCUGAGACACAGCCCAGUAAUGUGUGGCUGAUCGUUGGGGUGGUGGUCCCCGGGGUGGUGGUCCUCAUCAUCAUCAUCAUCCUCUACUGGAAACUGUGCCGCUCAGAGAAACUGGAGUUCCAACCAGACGCCAUGAGCACCAUCCAACAGAGACAGAAGGUCUGGGUCGAACCAUUUCACAGUCUCCAGGCCCCAAGUGUGAAAGGCUUUGAUUUUGCCAAGCUCCACCUUGGACAGCAUAGUAAAGAUGACAUCAUGGUGAUCCAAGAACCUUCCCCUAUGCCACCAUCUGUCAAAGAGGCCACGCCCUCUGAGGGCGGAGAGCUGAACACACCCAAAUCCAAAGGCUCAUCCACUAAAGUGUCACGUGCAGCUCGAAGGAGGAGCAGAUUGUCUCCAUCUGAUGGUGAUUCGUUGGCUAGUGAGGCGUCCAGUGGCCGAGAGUCAGCAGAGGAAAGCACUAGACCUGCGGUCACACCCAGCGACAGCAAACCUCAUCACCGCAAGAGCAAACAUGCGAAAAACAAACUUGGUGCGGCAUCAGGCAGCGGAGCUGAUGAACAGUUAUCGUCCUCCUCCAUAUUUGACCACGUUGAUCGGCUGUCUCGAGGUUCGUCUGACGGAACACGCCGGGUCUCGAAUAAGGUCCAGUUAAUCGCCAUGCAGCCUGUGCCGAGCCCACCCUCUCAUUCGCAUAACCAAGCCCUAAGCCCCGCCCUUAGUGAAAGGAUGUCAGACGGAGGAAAGGUUAGCUCUGAGAUCCAGGUUGCUCUCAGGCAUAAGUCUGAGAUCGAGCACCACCGCAAUAAGAUACGACUGCGGGCCAAGAGAAAAGGCCACUACGAUUUUCCAUCCAUGGAGGACAUUAUAGCAGUGUUUGGGGACAGCUCAGAGCAGCAGCGGGUGUACCAGCAAGCCCAGGAGCAAAUACACAAGAUCCUGCAUCCUGAAACACAAACACCUUCACCCAAUGGAGAGCCUCACAGGAGAGGCAGACGUUCUCCCAGACAGCGCCAGCGGCAGAAUUUGAGUGCAAACAGCAGCCUGACUGAUAAAGACCGUCUCAUUACCGACGGCGAUGCCACGUACAGGAAGUACCCGGGAGUCAACAAUGUGGCCUACAUGUCGGAUGCAGAUCAGCUCCCUGAUGUCGGUAGCCCCUCCCCGACUGAUGAGGUAUUUGUUGACCCAGGGUCUCCACCUCCUGGCCCCGCCCCUGCACCGCCCGCUUAUAUUCCACCUCAGCCAACCAUUGAAGAGGCACGUCAGCAAAUGCACUCCCUGUUAGAUGAUGCAUUUGCACUGGUCUCACCCUCCUCACAGAGUAGCUCUGCCCCACUGAACCUUACUGGGGUUACAACAAUUCCUGAAGUGGAAGGGGUCAGUCCCGGUCCACCCUCUAGUCCACCCCCGCGUUCUGUCCGCCAGUGGGGAUCAUCGUCCUACCCAGCAGCCCCUGCACACAGUCCCUUCUCUGCAAGGUAUGCUGAAUUAGGAAUGUCCCCUACAUCUGUGCAAAACUUACUGCAGAGGCAGGCGCUGGGCCCUGGAUAUCUGGCAUCAGGAGAGCUACAGUCUGAUCCAGGUUAUUCAAGCAGGGGGCAGUAUGGAGAGGAGAUCCCAUCGUCCUCACGACCACGACCUGUAGGGGGCAGCACAGGUGCACAGUUACAUCAGCUGACACAGGUAGGCUUGUCCAGUCGGAUUGGUGUGUAUCCCGGAGUGGGACGCAGUGUGUCUGGACCCUCAGGAUCCAGCUGGGCUCAGUACCGGUCAGACGAAGAGGUCUCCAGACCUGCAAACAAUCGAGAAGCUCAGAUCCUGAUGUUCCCUGAGUACUUAUCAUCUCCCGUGUUCCAGAUGCCCAGGUCAUCCCUGAGAGAUUCUCCCACGCCCACAGCAGGAUACCCCGGCCCGGAGGAAGCCUCUCCACCUGUGCAGUCCUCAGCCUCGCUAAUCAAGGCCAUCAGGGAGGAGCUGCAAAGACUCUCCCAGAAACAACCAGCCAUGGCCGUCUACCACAGCUGAGAUACACCGUACCUAACCAAAACACUGGCUAAACUCCACCCACAGCUGGUUGCUGAAUUUUAAACAUGUUACCUAAUCCCUCACUGAAUACACGCACCAGAGCCAAGGUUUGUUUGAACCCUAUUUCUAUCCAUAUACAGCAGGCUGGAUUGAUACACCAGGCAAUACCACCGCCAAGGUACCGUGCACGGACCAUUUGGAUUAACCUGAGGGGGGUAAAAAAAAACACCCAGCAUACCACAGAUCAAACAUCACUAACUUAAAAUACAACAAGUCACCUCACCCACGAAUAUUCAAUAGAAACUCUUCUCUCCUAAAUUGCAUGCUAUUUGAAAUAAUGAAACAGAAGGGGAAAAAAUAGACUUGUUUGUGAAUUUUUUUUUUUCUUCAAAUCCAGCGUGAGACCCCUCCUCUCCUCAGUGCCAUUUCUACAUGUCCGUCAAAGUGCUUCCUUCAGAAGGGUCAUCAUCCAACCCCUCGACUUCCUCUGGUGCUAAAUCCGAUUCCCGUUUCCACCGACCAUGCCUGAAAAUUGAAGCAGUGAAGCAGUGGUCAGCAGCGGCUCUUCCUUUAGAUCUACAUUUCUGUGCAGUUCAGUUCCCAAAGAAAAAUCGCAGGAUACCGUGAUUACGUGGGUUAUGAUGGCUGUACGCUUCAAACAGGGAAAUAAAUCUUUUGAUAAGAGUGUUUUGAAAGGAUGUGAGCCAAGCUGAUGGCAUGACAUCAAUCAUAGAACAACUAAAGAAUGACGGCUGUGAACAAAACAUGUUAUAUUUGGACCGGAGAGGUCUCAGAACCAGAGGCACAAUGUAUAGGAGUGCUAUUCAUGAGACCACUGACACUUCAUUUGUCAGAAUGUGAGCAAUUUUCUGGUAUUUUACUGUGAAAAAUCCUUUGUUCAGCUUUAGUGGUUUAGUUCUGAAACCAGUAAUUGAUCCAGAACACCUUGAUUAGAUACAUCAGGUGUGUUAAAACUAAAAAAAAAAAGCCAUAUACUUCAAAUAAAUAUCAAAAUAACUAAACCAUAAAUGAACCACUGAGGAACAUGUGGUCAUAAAUAUACUUUCUGGUCAAAAAGAACCUUCUUGGAUGGGAAUCGGUUCUGAGCUUGAUAUGUAAAGAAUAAAACACUUCCAGGGGUUCUGUUAUAGGAAAAUAAUCAGUGACGCUGUGGUAUGAUUCGGCCUGAGUUACUGUUCCUGACCCAUAGCAGCACAUCCUGAGGUGUUUUAUUCCACUUCUACCACAGCAAGUUGCCAACAAUGACAAUUUAUGCCUUUAUAGUUCAGUUUUAAUGUUUUGUGGACCGUCCCCGAAACAAGCUGUUAUCACUUGCAUUAUAAUGUAUAAUGUUGUUUCCUCAUUUUUUUCUCUUUCUUUCAAUGUCAAAGCCAUUUAUUGUCCUGUGUACAGUAACGUGUACAAAAUACAAUGAAAUCCUUUCUUGAUUGCUGCACCACAGACUAUAGACAUGACAAGAGUACAAUAGAUUUGUCACUGCUACGUACACAAGUGGGCAUGUGUGCAGAAAUGACAAAAAUGUACACAUGACAAUCCAAUAAGGCAUGAAGUGACAUUAUUGCUGUUAUAAAGUGUCCAGUGUCUUAUGGCAUUGAGGCAGAAACUAUCCCUGAAUCGUGUAGUGCAUGUUUGAAUAGUCCUGAGCCAUUGGCCAGAGGGCAGAAAAGAGAAAAGUGCCUGUGCAGGGUAACUGUGGUCGUUCAUGAGUAGCCUGUUGUGUACAUCUCCUCAAGAGCUGGUAAUUGUGUGCCAAUGAUUUUCUGAGCGGUUUUAACAACCCUUUGUAGAGCUUUCCUUUCCAGCAUGGAGCAGCUGCCUACCAGGAUGCAAUGCACCUUGUAAUUUAAUAAGACAUAAGGAAAAAAAAAACAGCCAGCAUGUCAUGUUACCAAGAAACCACAAAAAGCAGAAAGUCCUCUGUCUGAAGGCUUUCCUGUGUCAGAAGUCAUAAAGAAAUCAUACAGCUUUACCUUUGUAAUAAGGUCCUUCCAAAAAUACUUAAUAAUAAACAGAAAUCCUUAACAAUUCUCAGCAAAUGAACAAUUACACACACGUUUGAAUCUGUUUAUGUGGAGCAUCCACUUUAAGUCCCUGUGUAAAUUGUUACUAUAGAAACGGUAACGUAUUCAGUCCCUACAGGAUUUUGCGAUUGCAGAAAUGGACACAAAAUCAAGGAAACGCCGCAAUAUUUGGAGGAGAAUUUUUGGAGAAUUUCUCAAAACGGUUGCAAAUUUUUCAGCAGAUUCGGGCCGAGACGUGUCAUGUGACGUCACAAAGCCCUCUUCGAUUCACGUGCGUCGAACAUGAGUACAGCUAAAAGGUCUCAUUUACCAACAAACAUAUCCGCGAAAGGCCGUGAUUCAAGUAGUUCGAUUCCAGUAGUUUUCCGCAAAACACAGAAAACUCCGCCAGUUGCAUCGCAAAUUUAAAAAAAUAAACGCAGCAAAUUCAAACAAUUUUUGGCCGCAAUAUUCACGAAGAACUCUGCGAAAUCCUGUCGGGACUGAGUAUUAAAACAAGCUCAUUAAUAGUUAUCAAAUUAAUUCCUGACCUAUUAGAAUUGAGAAUUCAGCAGCGAUGCAGUAUGAAAUUUCAAACAGAGUACAAAUAAACAAAGAUGUGGUGUAUAGGAAGUUCUGUUUGAGAGCGCACAAACAUCAUGUUGCAGUGUACAAACGUGAACUCAGACCGCAGCUAUCUUCCUGCUUCAAAGCGUCCAUUUUGUUCAGAUAUGUUUUAACUGAACUGCGUAAUGUUAGAUCUUCUGGAAGAGACUUGGUGACCACUGCCUUACGUAGUUUUGUCCAUGACCACUGUCUUCUGUCCGAACUCUAAACCUAGAGGACUCUGAGUCACUCAUGUGUGAUCAUUUCAGCUGGUCCACUUGUGUAUCAUCACAACCUGAAAGGAAAAAAAAAGUACCCAGUCAGUUGCUCAGUCCAUUUCCCCAGUGGAUCAAAAUGCCAAAACUUUCACUCAGUUACGUGAAGGAUUCAGUCAUGAGACACAAACUGGAGGAAAAGUGUUGCUCAGUAUCGUCAUGACUUCAUGUCGCCGUCUGUCCAGAGUGCUGGGACGAUUUUAUUUCUUUGUUUUCAGCUUGUUUUUGUCUGUGGAUCGUGAGAGUUUGGCUGUGCCGUGAGCCGGUGUGUUCAUUUAGAGUAGGGCACGCUUAGCGCUUUCCCCCUUUGUGUGGAUAGUUCUCAGUUUACAGCGGUUUGUUUUGCACAUUUUUUCAUCUUUGCACAAUGUUUUCAUAGUGGCAAUGCAAUGCUAAAAAUACUGUAAGGGUAUCUGGAAAUAAGAGGAAACUAUACAGUGUGUAUAUAUAUAUAUA